GAAGUAUGCGAGUUUAAUAGUUAUUGAUAACAAAAUGGCGGCUCGUUUGCUUCAAAGAAGUGUCGGUUUUUCAAGAUACUUAAAGAGAGGCUUUGCUAAUGUGAACGUUGCGGCUGUACCACUCACAGAAUCCUUACCAGGCUACGAUGAACUUGAGCAAACUCAAACUGAAGUGAAACAAGAGCCAGUCAUGGUCAGUUCAUUGUCUAACGGAGUUAAAAUAGCAUCGAAAGAAGUCCCUAACUCUCCUUAUGUCAGCCUGGGAGUCUACGUCAAGUGUGGGAGUAGAGUGGAGCCGUAUCAUAAAUUAGGAAUAUCACAUUUACUGAGACACUGUGCCUUCCUUAGCACAGCGGAAAAGACGUCAUAUCUGUUAAUGAGAGAAAUUGAACAUCUCGGUGGAUCAUUGAGCUGCAACACGACAAGAGAGCACAUGGUGUACAAUGCUACUUUUCUAAAAGGAGACCAAGAGCACAUUAUAGCAUCGUUGUGCAGUCGUAUAACUGAUCCUUCUUUCCGUCAUUAUGAGGUUGAUGAACAAAAACAAUAUUUAAAGUUGAAUAUUGAUGAGUCUAGUGAGAAUCCAAACAUAGUUGUUAAUGAAGGAUUGCAUAGGAUUUCUUUUAGGAAUGGAUUAUGUAAUUCUCUCUAUUCACCUUCUUAUAAUGUUGACAAGUUCACAUCUGAAGAUUUGGAAGGGUUUGUCCGUGAUUGGUUCAUUAGUCCUAAUGUUAGUGUGGUUGGUGUUGGAAUAGAUCACAAUUCUUUAUUGAAAUGUGCCAAACCAUUGACCAACUUAUCAGAAUCAAGCGGUUCCGCCAUCGCUAAAUCAGCAUAUGUGGGAGGAGGUGAACUGCGUGUUGAUUCUGGAUCCCCUCUGGCACAUGUUGGGAUUGUUUGUAAAGGAACAAGUCUUUAUGGACCUAGUGAAUCUAUUGCUGGUGUUGUUCAAUGUUUAUUAGGGUGUGGUCAACGUCUUAAGUGGGGCAGUGGGUCUGCCAGUGCAAGGCUGAGAAAAGCUGUUGCACGUAAAAUUGAUGAUAAAUUUGACAUCAAUGCCAUCAACAUUCGUUACAGUGACAAUGGAAUCUUUGGAUUUUACGCUAAAGCCGAUGGUUCUAUAAUGGGACAGGUAUUGCAACUAGCUAUGGCGGAAUUUAGUGAAAUCAGCAAAGGAAAUGUUGACGAGGCUGAUCUUACACGAGCAAAGAAUCAGUAUAAAGCUGAUCUCUUGAUGGGCUGUGAUUUGUUGAAUGACAUUGGCCAGCAGGUGUCAUUUACUAACAAGUAUACUGAGAUUAGUGAAAAGAUAAAAGAAAUUGACAAUGUCACCAGUCAAGAUGUAGUAGGAUUUGUCAAAUCUGUCUUUGCUACACGUCCCAAUGUUGUCUCUUGUGGUAAUCUCUCCACAGUUCCUAGGCUAGAUGAAUUACUUACUAACCUCUCAUGAAUGACAAUAGCAAACUCUAUCAUGUGACAUUAGUAUAAAGACAUACACACACAGAGAGAGACAAACACACCUGCUGUGCUGUUAUUAUAUUUGUUCAUUAUUUAAGUAGUAGACCUUUCUUUUAUAAAAAAA